AUGGCAAUCGGCCAAACAGUGACGGUGGUCAACAAGUCUGGCAAAGUCGUCAGUACAGGCAAACAUGUCGUCAACGUUUUCAAGGAGGCCAAAUCCGCAUACCGAGAACGCAAAGCCGAGAUCAAAGCCGUGCGCGAUGCAGAGCUCGAACAGAAGCGUGUCCAAAAGACACUCGAAAAGUUCACACUAGAAGACGAUCGUGCCUCGCAAGGCUCUCGUCGCUCUUCUAAGUCGAAGAAAGAAAAAGGAUCACAUCGCGAUCGUCCACUCGUGGAUCGUGGUUACUCGGACAGUUUCUAUGCCAACGACAAGCCUGCGACCACGAGAAGCCAUCGAAAAUCAGGUCUACGCAAUGAACUCAGCCCAGAAGGCGAGAGACAACACAAUGAACUGGUCCGGAGACAUACCACCGAUCUGGGCCAAGAAGUUAGGAGACCGAGAACUUCACGCUCUGCAUCUGAGGCGGAUAUCGAUAUGGACCUUGCUUAUGGCGAAUUACCACCACCACUGCCAGAGCGCCCUCAGGAGAACGAGAUCGAGUUGCGAGAUAAGAUGACUAAACUUCAACAACUCCUGGACGAAGCGAACUGUGUUCAGCACUCUGUCAUUGCCACCAUUGAGAACCUUCAGAAGAACCCGGAUGCUUUAGCCGCUGUGGCCUUGACUCUUGGCGAGAUCAGCACUAUGGCAAGCAAGAUGGCUCCUGGAGUGCUGACAUCGAUGAAGACAGCAUUCCCGGCCAUCAUUGCUCUGCUUGCUUCGCCUCAAUUCAUGAUUGCUGCUGGCGUCGGUGUCGGCGUCACAGUCAUCGCGUUCGGUGGUUACAAGAUCAUCAAGAAAAUUCAAAAGCACAAGGAGGAGGCUGCCGAACUCAAAGCCGGAUCCCAACGUCAGAUCGAAGACAACGAAUCCGUAUCGGAGUACGAUGAGCUAUAUGAACUCGACGGCGACCUCAGCCAUAUAGAGGUCUGGCGUCGUGGCAUCGCUGAUGCCGAAGCUCAAAGCCUGGGUACAAGUGUUGAUGGCGAGUUCAUCACACCUGAUGCUGGCAAGCGCCUUAUCGCCGAUGGUGUGCUUCGCGAAGAGGAUCUCAAAUCCAUGCGCUCGAGCAAGUCCCACAAAACUUCCAAAGUCCAAGAAAAGCAAAAGGACGUGAAGAGUGAUAAGGACUCCAGCAGUUCAAAAGACAAAGAAAAGCGCAAGAAGAAAGAACCGAGCGGCUUGAGGAUGCUGUUCAAAACGCGUGCAUAA